AUGCCCAACGCGGAACUGCAGUCGAUGCUUCUCACCGCCGACGCGGGCCUGGCCGAGGUCCCCGGCUGCACCAGAGAGCAAUUGGACGCCCUGGCCCGCAGCGUCGAGCUGAGGAGGCAGCAGCUCGAGGCCGACAUCCGGGACUACAUCGCGGCCAAGCAGGCCGAGCUGCGCAGACAUGGCCACGAGCUUGCAGACCGGUACCGCGACAUGGCAGGCGGCCAGCAGCCUGCGCCUGCAGUGCCAGAGCAGAGCUGCCCAGGGCCUGCCCCGGGCCCUGCUGCACCGCUCGACCCGGCGCCCGACGACAGGAUGCGGCUCAAGAAGCACACGCGCGUGCACAAGCGGGAGCGCGAGCUCUAUGGACUCGUCACGCCCGUCUUCCUUCCCUUGCUCGAUGCGCGCGACAGCUCGCCCGAAAAGAAGAAGACGCCAGCCGCAGGACAUGCUGAGCACGCCCGAGACGACCCGAAGCCUACGAGCGACGCCCGAGACACCGCGGCCAUGGCGCUGCGAGAGCCAGCCCAGCUGAGGCUGCCAGCCAAGAAGUCUGCGCUGCGGCACAAGGACACGCCUCGAUCGCGCCGGAAGAGAGUCAGUCUGGUCAUCCAUGGCCAGACCGUCCUUCCCGCAGACACCGUCGCCGAACCACCUCUGGCUUCGCCCAGCAGCGUCGCAACAUCGGCUUCCACCUCGACCGCUUCGCUCGACGACAUGAUAGAUCCGCGACUCACCACCCCGGACCCGCCAGUCCAUGUCCAACGCCCUGACGCCGUGCACCACAGCCUACCUCUCCCCAUGACCAACGCCAUCAACUCGGCUUCCAAGCUCCUCUCCGAAGCCCCGACACCCAUAUCCGUCGCCGCCGCCCACAUCCCCCCAGUUGCCUCCCCACGGUCCCCCAGCAUACCUUUGGGCCCUACACAGACCGCGACACCCACAUUCCUCGACCCUUCGCCCGCUCUGCACCAACACAUCACGCAAACGAUCCCGGACACCGCAGGUCCAGACCCCAUCUACUCGACCGCACCAGCUACGAGUGCUGAACUCGAAAUUGACGACCUCGCAGACGACGACACGAAUUUCGAUACUUACGUCGGCGGCUUACACGGGAGUGGUGUUGACGAUGUGGAUCAAGCGGGCAGUUACGGAUAUCCGAGUAGUCUGGGAGCCAGCUACAUGGAGAGCUAUAUGCAGAACCGACCAUUGAGCGUGAGGAUGCAGGCUGCGAACAAGGCGGGCUUGGCUGACGAGGAGAAGAGGAAGCUGCUCGAGCAAAGAGACGACAACGAGGCCGAGGCUGAAGCUGAAGAAGAAGAAGAAGAAGAUCACAGCAACAGCACGAGUGCGGGGCAUAAGGCUGUUGACGCAACCGAGGACAAUUUCAUGGGAGAUAUGGACGACUUCUGA